AUGGCACCGUCGUCGAGAACCUCGUGGCUCCGCCCUCCCCGCCCCAAGUCCUUCUUGGGGUUCAUGUCGCUUCAAACCGGCACGGAGCUGAUUUCUCUCGCGUUGGUGUUCAACAAGGCGACGGGUGUCUACGGCAUCCUGACGCUCUUCACCGGCUACUCGCUGUCGGCGCUGCAGGUGUCGGCCUACCUGGGCUCGCUGUUCGUGCUGGCCACGCUGUGCGUGUGCAUCCCGCAGAUCCGCAAGCAGAGCCCGCUGCACAACCUCGCCCUCGCCUGGGUGUAUGCCAUCGAUACUGUCGUCAGCGCCAUCUACACGACGGUUUUUGCGACAAGUUGGUACGUAAGCUUGAUACAUGGGAAGACUGGCGGCGCGACAGCUGAUGUGGCCAAUGAUGAUGUGACUGCGGUGGUGGAUGGUUCGGUGGCCGACGGGGACCCAAUGCAGCACGGUUCUAGGCAGGCGGUGCUGUCCAAGCCGGGAGGCGAUGGUGUGCAAGAGACGGCGUUCAGCUUGGUGCUUGUCGUCGGCUUCACGCUGAUCCGGGUCUAUUUUGCGCUCGUGAUCAUGGCGUACGCGCGCAUGGUGUUGCUGCGGUACGUCGACGAGCGGAUGAACCCCGAUCCCACCGAUGAGGAAGAUGCAGGGGAGGGUGUCUCGGUGUCGGAGACGUCGCCUAACCCGUUUGCCCUGGGCGCUCCCCUUGGCGAGGGCUGGAAGGGUAAGCUGGGUCGCGCGAUGGUGUCGAUCGGGAAGAGGUACUGGCUGGGUGGCAAGAAAGAAGACGAGGAGUGGGCGAAGCAGGUCCAUUCCAGGUUCAGGUUCAGGAGCACACGGGAGUAA